AUGCGCGCAGUUCUCCAACGGGUUGUAAAUGCAAGUGUAAUAGUCGAUAACACACAAGUAUCUUCCAUAAAUAGAGGACUUUGCGUUCUUUUAGGUAUAGCUUCUGAUGAUACCUUGGAAGAUUUAGAAUAUAUGAUAAAGAAGAUCCUAAAGGUACGCAUGUUUGAAGAUGAAAAAGGAGAGAAAUUGUGGUCAAGAGGAGUCAAAGAAGCGGGCUUAGAAAUCUUGUGUAUAUCUCAAUUCACGUUAUAUGGAAGUUUAACAAGAGAUAAACUCAGCUUUCAUAAUGCAAUGAAAUCUGAUAAAUCAAGAGAGAUGUAUUCAACUUUCAUAAGUAGACUGAAACAAGAAUAUGAUGAAGGCAGAAUUAAAGACGGAGUUUUUGGCGCAAUGAUGAAUGUUAGUCUUGUCAAUGAGGCAA